UUAGAAAGUAAAGAGCAGACAUGUUUGUUUAUGUCAGCUGAGCUGAGGGGCAGACCGGCCGCUCCUCUUAUUAUCAUUUUCUGGUGAUAUAUCUGUGAGAUCUCUUGGAGGGCAUUGCUAGUGCAGAAAUUGCGAACAGAUACACACUAAAAUUGCAAAUAGAUACAUAUUGGGAUGGAUCCUAGUAUGAGUUCACCACAUUCAUAUUUCCCUGUGACACAUUCUCCUCAAGUUGGUGUGUUACCUGAAGUAGCAUCAUUGAGCAGUGAAGAGCUGGAAGACCUUUUGAACUGUGACGACAAGUUGACAGAAUUUGUUGCUGCUCUUCCCCAGGUGACAGCACUUAACAAACAGUGUGAUCAACUCAUCAUCCAAAAUGAAGCUUUAGCUAAGGCUAAUUUGGAACGUAGUGGUGACUAUGAACGUACACGAGAUGCAAUAAUCCAAAAGCUCGAAGAAUUCACCUCAUUACGUACCAGCUUUGAGGAAUUGACGCAAAUGCAGCUGAAGGCUUCCGAGAAACUGGCUCCAGCAAGCAUACAGGAGAGUCUACUAAUAUCAUCAAUACAGUCUGAGGAAGAAAGUGAAAAAAUAGCAGAAGACUUCUUACAAAAACACAUUGAUGUUGAAUCAUUUUUGGGUAGCUAUUUGGAAAAGAGAAUAGUAAGUACACUACAGUGCUUCAAUUAUCUGUUAUUCAGUAUAUACAGCCUCUCCUCACUUAGCAACGGAGUUCCGUUACUAAGACUACGUCGUUAAAUGAAUUUGUCGCUA